CCCCCCCCCCCUCCCCCCCCUCCUCCUCUAAUACCAGUAACCACCUCUCCAUCCUAUAUCUACACUUCUUCUCCUCACCUACUCAUACAUUCCCUCAAUAAUGUCAUCUCGAUACCCUUCCAAGGCCCUCCUCUACCUGGUCUUUGGAUACCUCCUCGCAUGGCUCUCGACUGCCUAUGCGGAUAUCACCUGCGCAUCCCCCAACAGCGGGACCUACACAACUGGAAGCCCCAUCAGUCUAUCCGUGAGCUCGGACGGGAAGAGCCCCACUGUCGCAGAUAUCAAAUCCAUGACAGCCACACUUUACUGCACCAGUGGGGUCCAGGCUGCCACGGUCGAGAUCGCCAACUGGGCAGCGCCCUAUGUCUGGACGCCCAUCUCGAAUACGUCCACGGUUGUCGGCGGAGGGGGCAACGGAACAUGCGCGGGGAAUGGGUUCUAUGUCCGAUAUUCGGGGCAGCUGAAAUUCUCGCUCAACCUGUUCGACCCAAAGACGUUCACGGCGUCUUGUACGAACAUCCAGAUCAAUCCGGCGCCGGUGCCGACGACGACAACGACGACAACGACAACGACGACGACGACGACGUCGUCCACGUCCACACGGGAGACCAGUACUUCGUCGGGCACUGUUUCGCCAACGCCCACGGACUCGGAUAAGAAGGAGGGCUCGGGACCAAAGUCGUCUGUGAUUGUGAUCGUGGCUAUCGUCGCAGGAUUGAUCUUGUUCCUAGUCGCAUUCGGGACAUGGUGGUACCUUCGAAAACAACGCAUCCAGCGCAUGGAGAACGCGAUCAUGCCCUGGUCCAGUGAAACCAACAAUCCCUUCACAAAAGUCCCCUCCAUGGACGGCGGACGUCGCUCGCCCCCCGCCAACGAGACCACAGCCACCGCCGCCGCUGCUGUAGGUGCUGUAGGUGGUGCUGGUGGUGCCGCGUACGGGAUGAACAAAGCGCAGCCCCAGGUCCCUCAACCCUCCCAUGGAUACUACCAAGACGACGGAUAUGGAUAUGUCCAACAGAGUCCAGGGGGCGGAUACGGGCAUCAGCAAGGAGGGUACGAAGGGACGAACGGAUAUACCAACCCUGAGGAUGAUUACUAUAACCCGUACUACGUACAACAAGCUCAGGGGUAUGCUGGGGCGGCCGGGGCCGGGGGGGCCUAUUACAGCGGCAAUAACAAUAACAGCAACAACGGCAACAGGGCAUUACCCCCUUAUCAACAACCAGGGGGAGCACAUUACCCACCACCGCCACCUCCGGUGUCGGGCAGUUCACAGCAUGGGAUGAUGAGUCCAAUGUCGGCCCCGAAUACGGCUUCAUCGACAAAUUUGUCGUUGUCGUCUUCGCCAUUGCUCCGUCGGUCGCCUCAGAUGAUCGUCCCAGAGAAGGGGGAGGGUAUCUUGCCGGAGAUGGGGUCCAAGAGUGAGGCACAGGAUAUCCCGAUGAAGGAUCUGAGAGCAUAGCAUAGCCUUUUUUUUU